GAAACGAGAGAAUUAACACUGCUGUGUUAUGCUGAAAAUUUACUUUCCGAUGAUGAAUUUCUCGUUUUAUGGGAGAACAAUCAGUCAAGCAACCCAGAUUUUCCUUGGGAUAGUUAUGGUCCGUUCGACCUCGAAAACAUAGAUGAAGCCGAAUGCAAAGCAGAAUUUCGCGUAGAGAAAAGAGAUCUUCCUACACUAAGAGAAGUACUCGGGAUUCCACCCACUUUCAAAUGCCCACAGAGGACUAUAUGCGAUGGAAUGGAAGGACUGUGUAUGCUACUAAAACGGUUAGCUUAUCCUUGUCGUUACAGCGAUAUGAUCGCGCGUUUUGGAAGACCUGUUCCUGAACUGUGCAUGAUCACGAACCGAGUCAUGGAUUUUAUCUAUGAUGCACAUGGCCACCGAAUCACUCAGUGGAAUGACACCAUACUGAAUCCCAGAUUGCUUGAACAAUAUGCCACUGUCAUCACAGAAAAAGGAGCAGCUCUAGACAACUGUUUUGGCUUUGUUGAUGGUACCGUACGACCGAUCUCCAAACCAGGAGAUAUGCAGAGAAUCGUUUACAAUGGGCACAAGAGAGUACAUGCUCUCAAUUUUCAGUCGGUUGCCAUACCUAAUGGGCUCAUUGCCAAUAUGUUUGGCCCUGUGGGUAAGUGCCAUUGAACAAUAUUACUUUAAUACUGUUUGCAAAAAUAGGGGUAGCAUUGAUUUGAAUAACCUGAUGCAGUUUUUAAAGGACAUGGCUAAAAUUUAAUGAAAAGUCAUUUGCCUAUAUAUGGCAGUAUAUAAAAAGUACUGCUUGAUCUUAGAAGUUUGGAGCAAAUGUAAGAACAAAAGAUCACUACUAUCACUUCUGUUGCUGUAUAUUAAAAUUAGGAAGUUAUAGGUUGAACUAUAUAGUAAGUACCUUAAGUUUAUUACUUUGUUUUUCUUUACUUUAGAGGGUAGGAGGCAUGAUGCAGGGAUGUUGCAUGAUUCUGGGCUACUUCAAAACCUGGAAGCCUAUGCCUACUCAGCAACAGGGCUACCGAUGUGUUUGUAUGGUGACCCUGCUUAUCCCCGAAGAGUCCAUCUUCAGGGGCCAUUCCGGAACCCCCACCUUACUCCCUUGAUGGAAGCAUACAACAGUUCAAUGAGUUCAGUAAGGGUGUCUGUAGAGUGGUUAUUUGGAGAUAUCAUAGAAUAUUUCAAGUUCGUGGAUUUUAAAAAGAAUCUCAAGAUAGGAAUGAGCAGCAUUGGAAAGAUGUACAUUGUUUGUGCACUUCUGCAAAAUGCUUUGAGUUGCUUGUAUGGCAACAAUACUGCAACAUUUUUUGACCUUGGGGCCUCCCACCCUGCAAGACUAUUUUGC